AUGGAUUCGGUAGAACUUUGCCUCCCUGAAUCUUUUCCCCUGCACUACGAGGAAGAGCUUCUCUGCAGAAUGUCAAACAAAGAUCGACACAUUGAUUCCAGCUGUUCGUCCUUCAUCAAGACGGAACCCUCCAGCCCGGCCUCCCUGACGGACAGCGUCAACCACCACAGCCCAGGUGGCUCCUCGGACGCCAGUGGGAGCUACAGUUCAACCAUGAAUGGCCACCAGAACGGACUUGACUCGCCGCCUCUCUACCCUUCCGCUCCCAUCCUAGGAGGCAGUGGGCCUGUCAGGAAACUGUAUGACGACUGCUCCAGCACCAUUGUGGAAGACCCCCAGACCAAGUGUGAAUACAUGCUCAACUCCAUGCCCAAGAGACUGUGUUUGGUGUGCGGGGACAUCGCCUCUGGGUACCACUAUGGGGUCGCGUCGUGUGAAGCCUGCAAGGCGUUCUUUAAGAGGACGAUUCAAGGUAACAUAGAAUACAGCUGUCCUGCUACGAACGAAUGCGAAAUCACGAAGCGCCGGCGUAAAUCCUGCCAAGCUUGCCGCUUCAUGAAGUGUUUGAAAGUGGGCAUGCUGAAGGAAGGAGUGCGUCUCGACAGAGUACGUGGAGGCCGGCAGAAGUACAAGCGCAGAAUAGAUGCGGAGAACAGCCCCUACCUGAACCCCCAGCUGGUUCAGCCAGCCAAAAAGCCAUUGCUCUGGUCUGAUCCUGCAGAUAACAAGAUUGUUUCCCAUUUGUUGGUGGCCGAACCGGAGAAGAUCUAUGCCAUGCCUGACCCCACCGUCCCCGACAGCGACAUCAAAGCCCUCACUACGCUGUGCGACUUGGCCGACCGAGAGCUGGUGGUGAUCAUUGGAUGGGCCAAGCAUAUUCCAGGAUUCUCCACGCUGUCCCUGGCGGACCAGAUGAGCCUCCUGCAGAGUGCUUGGAUGGAAAUUUUGAUCCUUGGUGUCGUAUACCGAUCUCUCUCGUUUGAGGAUGAACUUGUCUAUGCAGACGAUUAUAUAAUGGAUGAAGACCAGUCCAAGUUAGCAGGCCUGCUCGACCUAAAUAAUGCCAUCCUGCAGCUGGUGAAGAAAUACAAGAGCAUGAAGCUGGAGAAAGAGGAAUUCGUCACCCUCAAAGCAAUAGCUCUCGCUAAUUCAGACUCCAUGCACAUAGAGGAUGUGGAGGCCGUGCAGAAGCUCCAGGACGUCCUGCACGAGGCCCUGCAGGACUAUGAAGCCGGCCAGCACGUGGAGGACCCGCGCAGGGCUGGCAAGAUGCUGAUGACGCUGCCCCUGCUCAGGCAGACCUCCACCAAGGCCGUGCAGCACUUCUACAACAUCAAACUGGAAGGCAAGGUCCCCAUGCACAAACUCUUUUUGGAAAUGCUGGAGGCCAAGGUCUGA